AUGGAUGUGAAGAAUGCAUUCUUGCAUGAAGAGUUGGAUCGGGAGAUCUAUAUGAAUCAGCCGAUGGGCUUUCAGAGUCAAGGUCAUCCUGAAUAUGUAUAUUCUAGCUUGUUUGUCAAAGCUAAUGGAGGAAAGUUAGUUAUCGUACUUGUAUACGUAGAUGAUCUAAUCAUCACUGGAGAUGCUAUUGAAGAAAUUUGCCGAACAAAGGAGAACUUGUCAGUUCGUUUCGAGAUGAAAGAACUUGGACAACUUAAGCACUUUCUUGGGCUAGAGGUGGAUCGUACACACAAAGGGAUAUUUCUCUGUAAAAAAAAAUAUGCCAAAGAUUUGUUGAAAAAGUUCGAGAUGCUCGAAUGUAAGCCGAUCUCAACACCAAUGGAACCAAAUGCCAAGAUGUGUGAACACGAAGGCAAAGACUUGAAAGAUGCAACAAUGUAUCGACAAUUGGUGGGUAGUUUGCUUUACUUAACUUUAACUAGACCCGAUAUCUCUUAUGCAGUUGGUGUGAUGAGUCAAUACAUGCAAAAUCCAAAGAAACCUCAUUUGGAAGCAGUUCGACGAAUUUUGAGAUAUGUGAAGGGUACAAUUGAUUAUGGUCUGUUGUACAAGAAAGUUGAAGAUUGCAAGCUAGUUGGCUACUGUGAUGCUGAUUAUGCAGGAGAUCACGACACCCGCAGAUCAACUACCGGGUAUGUGUUUAUGCUUGGAUCAGGAGCAAUUUCUUGGUGUAGCAAGAGACAACUGACAGUAUCUCUGUCAACAACGGAGGCAGAGUACCGAGCAGCAACAAUGGCAGCUCAAGAAAUUCCAUUGUACUGUGAUAACCAGUCGGUAGUUCGUUUGGCGGAGAAUCUAGUCUUUCAUGCAAGAACAAAACAUGUGGAAGUGCAUUAUCAUUUUAUCAGGGAAAAGGUCCUAGAAGAAGAGGUUGAGCUGAAGCAGAUUAAGUCAGAAGACCAAGUUGCAGACUUAUUCACAAAAGGUUUGAGUGGUAGCAAGUUUGAAAGCUUUUGUCAUCAGCUCGGUAUGGUAAAGAUUUUGGAAGCUGAUGUUGAGGGAGAGUGUUAA